CGCUGCAAUUGCGCCUGCACUGCACCCGCGUGCGAAGGAACAUGGCACCCGGCGGCGCACCCUUCCCAGCAUGAUACAGCGCCCGCGAGCCCGCCCCGAGCCUCCCACGAUCCCCUCGUUUGUCCCGCCGUCGCCUUGAUCCCGCGCUUGGACGCGCCGCUCACUUGCGUCUCCCACCACCUUUCUCUGGAGACCAACCCACGCCCUGUAAAGAUGGGCAUGUCGCCCGCGCUGAGCCCCAGGCCUAAUCCGCCGGGCUCAAAUGCUCCGGCCAACGCAGCAAAGGCGAGGCCCCUCGUGCAUCUGCUCAACCACAAGACCGUCCCGUCGCCGUCCCUCGCCAGCACAGCGACGACCCCGGGCGGCCCGGACGAGGGUCUCGCCGAGGAGAUGAACGACGUUGUGAAGAACCAGUUCGUCUUUGGCUCGCGCCUGGGCGAAGGUACCUACGCCACCGUCUACCGGGGCCACUACCGCGACGACCCCUCCAAGCUCGUCGCCAUCAAGAAGAUGAAGAAGAACGCCGAAUGGCAAGACGGCAUCAACCUCGACUCGCUCCGCGAAAUGAAGUACCUCGCCGAGCUGCACCACCCGCACGUCAUCAACCUCAUCGCCGUCUUCACCACCAAAGACGAAAACAUCAACCUUGUCCUCGAGCACCUUCCCCGUGGCGAGCUGCAGGACCUCUGGCAGGACAAAUCCAUCGCCUACGGCGGCGCCGACGUCAAGGCCUGGGCCAACAUGAUCUGCCAGGCCGUGUGGUGGAUCCACGAGAACUUCGUGCUGCACCGCGACAUCAAGUCCAACAACAUUCUCAUCGCGGCCGAUAAUUCGCUCAAGCUCGCGGAUUUUGGACUCGCGAGGAGCUUUGCAAAUCCAGAGGCCGACAUGACAUACAACGUCAUCACGCGCUUCUACCGCCCGCCGGAGCUCUUCCUCGGGUCGUCCCACUACGGCGGCUGCGUCGACAUGUGGAGUGUCGGCUGCGUCAUCGCCGAGCUCGCCUGCCGCGAGUUCUUCAUCUUUUCCGAAACCGAUCUGCAGCACCUGGUCCGGAUCUGCGACGUCUUCGGCGUCCCGACCGAGGCGGAAUGGCCGGGGAUCUCCAAGCUGCGCUUCUGGCAGGAACAGCUCGAGAACAGCCCGCCCAAGCGCCCGCAGCCCAUGUCCUGGUGGCGCAACAAGAUGCCGCUGAUUGGCGAUGCGGGCAUCGACCUUGUGAAAGGGCUGUUGGCGAUGGAUCCGGCGAAGCGCCUCGACGCGAAACAGGCGCUUGCACAUCAUUACUGGACUACGGCGCCGAAGCCGCAGAAGAGGGAGAAUCUGCCGGGGAAGGGCGGGAAGGCGGCGGAGAAGGCGAUGGGCGAGCAGUUGAAGCGCGUGGGGCCCGAAGCCGACGAGGAGAAAAUGUCCAAGAUUGCGCGGAAGUUGGACUUUGGGGCGAUGCGGUGAAGAGAGUCGUAGAGGCUCAGCUGUGUGCUUUGGCUUGGCGUUAUGGAGAAGGAUAGGAUACCAGGACUGCAUUGCGCAUUUCAAGGCGUUUAGGCUGUGAUUCUAUCGACAUGUGCACAUACUACCUGUAUAUCCCUUGCGGACGUAGAACUCUGCAGAUUUGUUUGGGUUUCAAGUAGAUGUAUAAUAUGCUAUUGUCACACCCGC